CGGAAAAGCUAUACCAUCAUUAACGCAAUCAUGAAGUUCCUCUCACUCGCUGCUUUGGUUUCCCUUGCUAACGCUGUGUCGGUUGACCUUGCUAAGCGUGACUCGCCGCUCGAUGUCAAGCUUGAGAUGACCGGCAACACUGCUGUCAAGGCUAAAAUCACCAACACUGGAUCUGAAGCCUUGAAGGUUCUCAAGGUCGGUUCCUUCUUGGACAGCACACCAGUCGAGAAAGUUUCCGUUUUCCAAGGCAGCGACAAGGUUGCUUUCGAUGGUAUCAAGCUCCGUAUUACUACUGAGAACCUGUCCGAAGAUGCUUUCCAGAUCAUCGGUGCCGGUGAGACAGUGGAGACGUCAUUUGACAUUGCCAAGCUCCACGACUUGAAAGCAGGUGGUGCAUUCGAUGUAACCGCGGUCGGAACUUUGAGUGUUGCUGCUGCGGACUCCACUCAAAUCUCUGACGCCGUCAGCUACUCUUCUAACACCAUCUCUGCGCAGAUUGAUGGUGCUGUAGCUGAUGCGGUCCGUCGCAGCUGGAAGCGAUCUGCUGUUCAGUCUGACUGCACUGGUGCUAAGAGAACGUCGACUGUCAAUGCUCUUGCCAACUGCCGCACUCUCGCUUUGGCUGCUGCCUCCGCCGCCGGUUCCAACACCGCCAAAGUCAACGAAUACUUUAAGUCGACUUCUUCCAGCACCAUCUCCACCGUCCAGAGUGUCUUUAACAAGGCAGCUUCUGAGUGCGGCUCUUCCACAGGAGGAGCUUCCAAGACCUACUGCACAGAUCCCUACGCUGCCUGUGGAAGCAACGUUCUUGCAUACACCGCCCCAUCAUUGAGCAUUAUCAACAACUGCCCGCUAUACUUCAGUGCUAUUCCGGCUCUCACGAAGUCUUGCCAUGCGCAGGACCAGGCUACUACUACUCUUCACGAAUCCACCCACUUGACUCAAGUCAAAGGCACAGACGAUCUCGGCUAUGGUUACACUGCAGCCACCAGACUCUCCAGCUCCCAGGCGCUUAACAACGCUGACUCUUACGCUCUUUUCGCCAACGCAAUCUACGCUGGCUGCUAGAUAUGGGUCCGUGAGAUUUGAAAAAGGUCAAAGAUCAAUUCAGAAGGUGUUGGAUCUUUAUAUGGAAGUAUAUAGCAACAAUUGGAUGCGUAUCAUGCAUGAUUUCCACUCUCCACCGUGCCAUAGCAAGUUCCAGAUGAU